CAAUUGUCCUGUGAAAUUUCGCGAGCCCAUUUCGUAGUGAUUUUUUACUUUACUUCGGCAGGCCGAUCUGCUGGUAAACAGAGUUUGUAUUUGCAGAGAAAAAUAUAUACUGUUUUUCCCUUCUUUCUCCGGUCUCUACUCAAACUCCAUUGGCCUGAUACGGUCGGAGCGGAGCGAGUUUCUGUGUUCUCUCCCUUUGCAGAGAGAAGAGAAGAGGGGAGAGAAAGAGAGAUCAGAGUUCAGAGAUGUCUUCCAACACCAUCAACAGGAGCGAGCUCAAGCCGGGCGAUCACAUCUAUUCCUACAGACAAGCAUACACCUACUCUCACCAUGGGGUCUACGUGGGUAACGAAUAUGUCAUUCACUUCACUUCAAACAAAGCUCUGCUUUUCUCCUCCUCCGGCUCCGGCACUCCCUGCCCAAACUGCGGCUACGAUGGGAAGGCGCAUUUCGGAGUGAUCAAGAGCUGCCUCGACUGUUUCCUCGACGGCGGCAAGCUUUACCGCUACCAGUAUGGAGUCAAUGUGGUCAAGUUCAUGACCCAAAUCCGAGGGGGGACGUGCAGCAGCCAUGCUUCGGACGAGGCUUCAAAAGUCAUCAGACGUGCAAAUACGCUGUACGAGGGGAACAAUUUUGGGGACUAUAAUCUGUUCAAUAACAACUGCGAGGACUUCGCCGUCUACUGCAAGACAGAGAGGUUGAUCAGUGGGCAGGCAGUUGGGUUUACGGCUUUUACCACUGCUUUGGUGGUUGGAGGAUUUGUUUAUAAUUUGGGUAGGUAUGUAUACGACAAAACUAGAGAUCGUAAGAAAGCUCUCAAGGAGAGAGCGGGCACUGGAUCAGUUUGUUCGGAUGAUGAUGCAGAUGGGCACCAGAAGGGUGAUCAAGGUUGGGGCCUGUGACAAGGGGCAUAGCGUGGGACAUGCCUUGAUGCUAGAUGUGAGGUGUAGUUUGGGGCGUAAGUUUAAGUAUUACCAGUUACUUGGUGAUUUAAUGAAAAACAUAUAUAUUUUAUGCA